AUGGCAUCAAAGAGUCAGCCACGGAGGGAAUAUCACAUCGUUGUGCUGGGAGCUGGUGGAGUUGGGAAGAGCUGUUUGACUGGGACGACCAUGCCUUCUGGAAAUAUUGGAUACAGCUGGAACGGAACAGUUCAAUACACGCAGCGAACUCCCUCUCACCCCUCAAGCCAAGCCCAACGCUCUACAACAGCGACUCACAAGGCAAUCCGUUUUAGGGAACUCUACAUGAAACAAGGCGAAGGCUUCCUCCUCGUUUUCUCCAUAACAAGCAUGUCCUCGCUCAACGAACUGCAAGAACUCCGCGAACAAAUCAUCCGUAUCAAAGACGAUGAAAAAGUCCCCAUCGUCAUCGUCGGUAACAAGUCAGAUCUCGAAGAGGAUCGCGCUGUUUCGCGGUCGCGCGCCUUCGCUCUAUCCCAGCAGUGGGGGAAUGCGCCAUACUACGAGACCUCGGCGCGAAGACGAGCGAACGUCGACGAAGCGUUUAUCGACCUAUGUCGACAGAUCAUAAGGAAGGAUAUCCGAUCCAACAAAGAUCGAGAUCGAGAGUAUGGGGGCAGUCGCAAGAAAGAGGCCGGCGGAGGAGCAGACAAGCGACGAAACCGGAGAAGGACAAAGAUGAAGACCGAUUGUGUGAUUCUUUGA